AGCAUUACUUAGCGCCGAGCCGCAUGUUCUCGCAGUUUCCUGUGCCACUGCAAGAAAGACAGCGUGAGAUUCCGCGGCUUUACUCAAAUAAAAUAUUAGUUUGAAAGAAAAUUAGCGUCGCAAAACAGCAGAGAUGAGUCUCCUCAACAAGCCCAAGUCUGAGAUGAACCCCGAGGAGCUGCAGAAGCGUGAGGAGGAGGAGUUCAACACAGGCCCGCUGUCUGUGCUCACACAGUCCGUCAAGAACAACACGCAGGUCCUCAUCAACUGCCGCAACAACAAGAAACUGCUGGGGCGUGUCAAGGCCUUUGACAGGCACUGCAACAUGGUCCUGGAGAAUGUGAAGGAGAUGUGGACCGAAGUGCCCAAGAGUGGGAAGGGCAAGAAGAAAUCCAAGCCUGUCAACAAGGACCGCUACAUCUCCAAGAUGUUCCUGAGAGGAGACUCUGUCAUCGUGGUGCUGAGGAACCCGCUCAUCACAGGGAAAUAACACGCCACCCACCCACCCCCUUCCCCCUUUCGCAGCUUCACAAACCUGCAGGGUUAUAGCAAUGCAAGUACGACUCCUAUUGCAGAGCGGUUUUGUAUUAAUUUAGUUAUUUAGCUUUUAUCCAAAACCAGUGAGUGAACUGUGCAUCACAGCUGCUGCUGCAGAGUCACUUACAAUAGGACCUGGAUUUUACUACCAACUUGAUUAGCUCCACUCCCAGUAAAACCAGGAGUGGAUCAAACUGUUAUGCAAUGGGAGUCUUUCUUCCAUCCCUGUGUUAGUUUCCAACCCUGAUUCAGACUGAGCUCUCUCAUAUAACCUGCAUGCUGACCCCCAGGUGAGGGGCUGUAGAGCUGAUUGGAAGAAUUCACCGCUGCUCCCUUUACUGCUGCUCUCCAUGGAGACUCACUUUCUUAACAAUAAAAACCACCUGAUUGCCAGUCACUAUUUGAAGGUGUUGUGUGUUUGUGUGCGGGGCAGCACUGCAUGUUAAUGGGGUACAGCUUUGUGGAGAGCAGCAGUCCUCACACACUGAAGCAGCUGUUUCAAAGGGAGGGGCAGCACAGACAACGGCAUCGCCCCUGUCCUGGGUGUCAGGAGGGCGCUCAGUCUGAGUGAUCGGUUUGUGCAGCUCUAGCAUUCGCGUGGUUAACAGUGCAGCUAUUUCAACAGAAGUAGUUGUUUCCUCUUAGUUCAUGUAACAUUAAGCUUUUUUUUCUCAUUAAAUGCCUUUGUGAAUAGAUCCUGCGCUCUGUUCUCCAGUUUCCAGAGUAGUGUGAUCCCUGAUUAUCACACAUUUUGAAAUCUCUUUUCAGUCGGUGUGUUCCGAUGUGCGAGAAUCUCAUUUUCACCCCGAUGUUAAUUUCAGAAACGCAGCUUUCCUCCCUGUCCCUAACCCUGGGGGCUGUGCAUUCAUACACACAUUUUAUAGAGCAUAUACUAGAUUUUGUUGAUCACAUCGUAAUGUAUUCAAAACUGCAAUUAUUAGACACGGCACUGCUUCAGACAGCACUCAGACCUGUGUGUAAGUGUUAUAGAAACCCAGUCCUGUAUUGAAUGAAUUCCUCACCUCCUCACAGAGGCAAUGUUGGUGAAGGGAACAUGCAGAUAUCCUACAAUACAGGCUGUACCAGCAAAAGGGGUCCCAGUUCUUCCAUAGUGUAUUUUUAAACUCAAUACCUGUGAAUGAUUGCUUGUUUUUUUAUCUCUCAAUUUUGUACAACAGAAAAAUAAAAAACGAAACUAUACGCAAUACCUCAAGAACACCAUAUGUUUGUGGAUUGUUUUUCCUGUGCACAGAGGGACUGUUGUCACAGAGGUUAUUAAUCUGUUUUAUUGGAGGGAAUGUUUGGGAGUCAGGAUGAGAGAGAUGAGUUAUAAGGGUGCUUUAUUUCUGAAGCAGGAUGUGUAGAUUUUUUGAGUUUGAUAUUUGAUAUGUGGUGUCUGGAUGCAGUGUUCCAUGCAACAGCUUUCACGGUAGCUGGAGGCAGAGUCUGCUGUGUUUCCAUUAGAGAGAGGGGGAGGAUGGUGGUAAAACCAGCGCCCUACUGCAGUAGAAUUUGUUUUUUUAAACUGAGUGACACGUUUUUCAAUGUUGAAACCGUUUUUGGCGCUUUUGUUUUUCUAAUAAAAAAUGUACUCAA